CGCUUUUGAUUUGGCAACUGAGUUUCCCAGACAACUUCCGCACAUCAACACAAUCAACACCAUAGUUGGCAAUAAUAUUAAUGAGAAGAACAAUAUCAGCAUCCGGAUACACCAACUGAAAGAAGYUACGMACACACUUUUCUCGCUAUGUCGACGCGGAAAGAUAUGGAGUCAACAAUCCGAGCCGUGCGAUGCCACCGCUUUGCUUGCGUCGAGAAAAAGAAUGACCCCGAUGAAGAGAACGGACGGAAAGGCCCAUCCAGAUCUACCUAUCAGCGCCGGUCGCCGAAAGCCUUGCGAUUGAAGGAUUGCUUGAGCCUCGAUCGAAUCGCUUUUAUCGAGAGCACGAACCCAUCAGAGACGAGGAAUGAUACCCGGGUCUUGAUUCGAACCGAGUAUGCGGGAAUCCAAUAUCCCGAUGCCCUGCAGGCUCUGGGAUUGUACCAAGUCAAACCCGAACUACCCUACGUUCCUGGAAUGGACGUAGUGGGGGUCGUGCUGAAARUUAUUCCAUCACCCUCCAGGAGCAAUUCCAACGUUGCUGCGAGGAUACAACCGGGCGAUCGCGUCCUGGCCACCAUGAUGGACUUUGGCGGGACGGGUGGUCUAUCCGAGAUCGUCCUUGCGCCUCUGAAACACGUCUACAAGCUUCCCAAGCUGUCUCCAUCGCGUUGUCCCGUUCAAUCUGCAGCGGGAUUCGCUAAUGUGGGACGGAAUUAUUUUGCUGCGUACCAUGCUCUCGUCGAGGUGGGGGGCAUCCGACUAAACACAGCCUACCAUCCCAACACCAACCACGACAAAAUCAUCUUGGUGACCGGUGCCAGUGGUGGGGUCGGGAUGGCUACUAUCGAACUGGCAAAAKCUAUGGGAUGCACAGUCAUUGCCGGCGUUGGAUCCAAUUCCAAACGAGAGGGACCGAUCUCGGUGGGUGCCGAUGCCGUGCUUUGCUAUGGUCGGUCCAAGGCCGAGCGCAAACAAUUUCGGAAGCAGGUCCUUGAAGUGAGCAAGACAAUGGCAAUGRCACGAAAGGCAAACAAAGGAGUCGAUUUGAUUGUGGAUGUGGUAAUGGGAAAUCUCUUUGAAGAAGCCCUUGUGGGCUGCCUCAAGCCUCUGGGGACGAUAGCUCUGGUUGGAUUCGCCGCUGGACAGAAACCGAUCCGGCCGGGCAUCUUGCUGGUAAAAGAGGUGCGAGUGGCCGGAAGCAUCUGGGGUUCGAUCGCUUUGGAAGCAACGGAAGAAAGAAGCGACAACAAAUACCAAACUAUGGUAGAAACCAUUCUCGGAUUUUUUGCCACCGGGGCCAUUAAGGGAAGGGUCGAUCGUAUUGUCCCGCUGAACAGAUUCAUCGAGGCAUUCGAAGUCUUUGAAGUGAACAAGGGGCGUGGCAACACUGUGAUUUCUUUUGUAGAUCAUCACGACGAUUCCAGAGCUGAAAGCAACAAUGCAAGAAGUCGACUGUAGUGGGUUACAGUAAGCURAUGUACUUCUAAUAUGUUCAAUUAUUAAACGAGCUACAGAAAG